AUGAAAAUUGUACAAAAAGGAGUGUCUUACCUUAGCGGUACCAAAUACAAUCCAAGUGAGAAAAUAUGGUCGGGACCCAAGUCCAAGACAGUUUACAAUAGUGAAAUGACAGUGGGCGAGGCAAUUGUCUUGCAGCUUCGCAAAACACCCGAAAAAGUGAUACAAAUUUUAGAAUCUACCGGUGAAACUCUAACGGCUCAGCAGUUUUUGGAUCACAGUAUGUCGUUGGCCAAAAAUUUGCUUGAAAUGGGCAUUAAGGGUGGUGAUAUUGUGGGCGGCUAUGCCAAAAACUCCUUACAUUUGGGCACUGUGAUGUUGGCAUCGUUUUUGUGUGGCACCCCCGUUCAUGGUAUUUUUCAGAAUUUUGAAAAAGAUAUCAUUGCCAAAACUUAUGCAACCACCCGUCCCAAGUUAAUCUUCUGUGAUGCUGAAAAUUAUGAUAAAGCCUUUUAUGUCUUGGAAAAGCUGCAAUUGGAUGCUAAAAUUAUCAUCAUGACUGGUCAUGUACCCGGUGUUUUGAAUAUCAAGGAUUUGGUUAAGAUACGUUUCGAUGUUGGAGAUAUUUCAGAGUUUCCCUGCACUGAUAUGAACAGUUCGGAUACGGCGGUCAUCCUAAGUUCAUCGGGCACCACGGGAGCACCGAAGGGUAUUUUGUGCUCACAUCAUGCUAUGCUGCACAAUGUUCCAUAUCCCAAUGCCACCAUGAAUUCCGUACUUAUGUGCUCCAGUUCAAUGUAUUGGGCCACGGGUGCCAUACAUUUAGUCCAAGGCCUACUGUACUCAGCCCAGCGCAUCAUACCCGAUCAACCCUAUAGCGACGAAUAUUUCCUCAGAACCAUCGAACGUUAUAAGGUUACACAUUGCUUCGCUACCGCCUCACAAAUAAUCGGUUGGGUUACGAAUAUCAACCACGAUGACAUACGCAAAUAUCUUCGUUCCAUUGACACCCUAAUGACGGGUGGCUCACCAGUUCCCAAACCAGUUCAAGAACAAAUUACCGAUAUUCUUUCGGAUAAUAAAAAACGUCCUGGCUAUGUUAUGAUCUAUGGGUCAUCGGAAAUAUUCAUUGGUUGCAGCAUCAAUGGCGGUUAUCCUUAUGAAUCGAAAACCGAUACGGUGGGUAAGCUGUGGCACAAUCGCGAAGUGUGUAUUGUCGGCGAGAAUGGAGUGCGCGUUGGACCAAAUGAAAAGGGUGAAAUUUAUGUACACACUCCCUACACAUGGAUGGGUUAUUACAAAAAUGAAAAAGCCACAUCGGAGGCCAAGGAGGAUAAAUGGAUAAAAACCGGUGAUUUGGGUUACUUCGAUGAGGAAGGUUUCCUACAUUUGAUUGGACGUGCCAAGGAAAUUAUCAAAUGGCUUAGUUUCCAAAUUAGUCCUCAGUCCGUUGAGGAGAUUCUACAACGUCUACCCGGUAUUGCAGAGGUUUGUGUCUUUGGUGUACCCGACAUCGCCAGUAUCAAUUUGGUAGCAUGUGCCAUUGUCCGAUCUCAAGAUGUGGAAGGUGAUCAAUUAACCGCGGCGAUGGUAAAUGAUUAUCUUAUGUCCAAAAUGGAUGGUUUAUAUGUGUUGAGAGGUGGCAUUUAUUUUAUGGACUCAUUGCCACGUACCGAUACCGGCAAGGUGCAACGUUUGAGAAUGGUCCAAUAUAUUGAAGAAGAAAUUGAUAGAUAA